AUAUAUAGUAAUCUGCCUUCAGUAUUACUGACUCUGCCUCUGCCAUCUCCAGUCUGUUGAUAAAUUGCCAAAGGAAUCUUUCACCUCCAAUAUUGUUUUUCAUUUCUAGCAUUUUCAUUUGAGCCUCUUAUAUAGUUUCUAUCUCUCUGCUAAAAUUUCCUGAGCAUGUUAUUUAUCUUUUCCACUAGAAUUUUAACACAUUAUUCAUAAUUAUUUUUAAAGGUUCUGUCUGAUAAUUUCAACCUCUGGGCCAUUAUUUUCUCUUAACAAUGCCUGGGGUUUUGCAUGUGUGUACACAUAUUUACAGUAAAUCCUGAGAUAAAUCCUGAGAUAAAUAUUACCCCUCAAAAAUGGGCUUCCUUCUUAUUCUGUCAAACUAUUAAGUGUGUGAAACUGAAUCAAUCCAAUCUGUAGUUUAUCUGUAUUUAGAUUCAAAUGGCUCCAGUGGUGGAAUGCCAGUAACUUGUUUUGGGGAAGACUGGAGUGCCAAAGGGAUUCUCAGUGUUUGUGCUCAGCUUCAAGAGUCCACACAUGCACUAUAGAGAAGGCUCUUUCUACACUUGUGUCCCUCUCUCAGUAUAGUGGCAUUGCUUGUUAAUCAGAGAAAAGUUCAUGGUGGGGCAAUGGGAGCUCUUUGUUCUUCUCUAGCAACUGCAACCACCUAAAUUAUUGGUCCUGUCCCACUCUCAGGUAGAAAGAAGGAAAUCUUUCUUCAGCUCUAGAGCAUUAAGGAGUAGGAUUUGGAGCUUUGUGACUGUUCUUUGCCUAUUCCCGUCACAUUGGAAUAGGACCUCAAUCUAGCCAUGUUAUCAGUGGGUGGCUGCUAUUUUCCCCACGGUCUCAGGGUGGAAGACAAAGUUUUCAUGGAGUUACCCAGAACUGGAGCAAGUAGGGCGUAAAGGGUGGCACAAAAGAGGAAUGGAAGAGAGAAUGAGUCCACAUAGCUUUACAUAUUUGGAAAUGAAAAAUCCAGGAACGUAAUGACUCCUGUGACCCUAAAUGGCUCUAUGUAUUAGUCUUUCAGUUUUCAAAGGGAGUAAAUUAUAUUUGUGAACUGAAACUACAUAGCUUCUCCCAGUUCUCAGAGUUGAUCUUUUUUUUUUUUUACAUUGCUCUUCAGUCUCUAUACCAGUAUUUUAGAAGUUGUCGUAAGUAAUUCCCCUAAGUGCUAUCUCGCUGGAGUGGUAUUGGUACAGCAAAGUAGCAAAAGAGUACUAGCUGGGAACACAAAACUAAUUUUUACAAAUUUCUCAAUGGCAUGUUAUUUCUACCAGUCAUAUCAUCAGUAGACCAUAUAGAAACAGAGGUACUCUAGGGUACCGUACUUGUGCUCUGAAUAGCUGCUAGACAUGCAGUACACAGUGCGAUGUGUGGUAUCUGAACAAUGCUUUUCAGAACAAGACUGUAAUCUUAAGGUCAUGAUCAGAAAUCACACAUUUGAAUAAUCCAUGAAUGAAGACGUUGUGUGCGAUUAAAAAACACAGUGCUUCUAGUUAAAAUGGGAGAUAAGUGAAGGUAGUGAAAUGUGUAUCGUUUAAAUAACAAAAGUAUUGUGGCUAUUAGAGAUUCACUGUGCUGUUACUCUAACAGUAUUAAGAGUUUGGAAGUACAGGCCGGGUGUGGUGGCUCACGCCUGUAAUCCCGCACUUCGGGAGGCCGAGGCGGGUGGAUCACGAGGUCAGGAGAUGGAGACCAUCCUGGCUAACAUGGUGAAACCCCGAUCUCUACUAAAAAAAAUACAAAAAAUUAGCCGGGCGUGGUGGCACGUGCCCGUAGUCCCAGCUACUCGGGAGGCUGAGGCAGGAGAAUGGCGGGAACCCGGGAGGCAGAGCUUGCAGUUAGCCGAGAUCGCGCCACUGCACUCCAGCCUGGACGACAGAGCGAGACUCUGUCUCAAAAAAAAAGAGUUUGGAAGUGCAGAGUAGUAUUCCAGCCCUUGGAGCCUAGCCACAGGUUUCACAGAUGCAUCUCCAGGCAGAUAUGGCUGAAGCUUCCAUAGCUAAUCUGAACUUUUUAAGGGUUUACAUGGAUGGGAAUAUGAUUUUGUAUGUAUGUCCUUAUGUAUAUAUGCGUGUGUGUCCACUAGUUUUUUGCUUGAAUGUUUACCAGUUCUGUCACUUGCAAUUUAAAUAUUCCUAAUAAAUAGAAAAAUCCAAAGACUAAGAUUGUGAUCCUUUAUGUCUAUGGUAUAUUAUGAAUACAGAGACCUUGUGCCUUUAUUGGUGUAGGAAUCAUCUUGCCCUAAUAUUAAUGUUAUGAAAUCAAAAGGGUAAGAUUCCUAACAUCCCACAUAACACAGAAGACAAACUAAAGUUUUAAUCUAGCUUCGGCCCUUACAAAUUUUGUGCCCUACAGCAAGCUACAUCUCGCUUAGCUUUUUUCAUUUUAAAGUGGAACUAUCUGCAUGGAUGUUCGUACAUGCUAUACAACAUAGCCUAUUCCAGAGCUACCAUCAGCUGAGCUCUAAAUGGUAAAUGCCACAGUGAGAAGCAGACAGGAAGGGGCGGAGCGCCAGCGGCGCCUGGGGCUACGCGCCGCCGCACUGCGCCGAGCGCCGGCAGCGUUAAGCUUGGGUGUGAGCCCGGCGGCCGCUUUCCUCACCGUCCCGCCGGUCCCAGCCGUCCCUAGGGGGUCCGCGGGCCCUGCGGCAACCCUCGCUACAGACGCUGGGCGGGCGGCGACACCUGGCCCAUGGCCCCCGCGGCGGCUUCGUCCUCCUUGGCCGUCAGGGCCUCAAGCCCCGCCGCGGCUCCCACCUCGUACGGCGUCUUCUGCAAGGGGCUCUCCCGCACCCUGCUCGCCUUCUUCGAGCUGGCCUGGCAGCUGCGCAUGAACUUCCCGUACUUCUACGUCGCGGGCUCGGUGAUCCUCAACAUCAGACUGCAGGUACACAUUUAGAGCCAUGACUAAGCUAACGGCCUCCGGGGCCAGCAUGAUGGUCGACUCCCAGGGUCCGUUGCGGCGCGGCGGAGCGGCGAAUGGCGAGCCCCACAGUCUCGCGAGAGUGCUCAGGCGCUCUUCGUGGCUGCCCUCUUAGCUGCUAGCGGGGCUCCUCUGGGGGCGGCCGGGAGCCUACAGUCCCUAGAAAGAGAAAAUACGCGAUUCUGGACACAGAACUGCAGUUAAGACCCUCGAAAAGAUCUAAGAAAGUGUGCAUCCUAAAACACCUGAGGAAUUUCAGAAUGUGACAAAGCGCGGAGGGUGCAUUAUUUCAAAACAAAACAGAAGGCUAAAAUUUUCAGGAAAAAGAAAAUCAGUAAACCGGGAAUCCUGGGACUGGAUUGUAAGCAAGAUUUGAAUGAAUAAGAAGCUGAAGGUAUUAAGGCUGUGAUAUAGAAGGUACAUACUUCUUCAUCCCACAAGAGAAAACAAUAAUAAUCAGAAACUUUCAGUGAAAAAAACGCAAAACUACAGGAAAAGCAUCCUCCAAGUACCAGACAUAAAAUGCUGCAAGCUUUUGAACUAAUGGCGAGAGUGUAAGAAAAUGGGCUCUAUUUCAGUGCUCCUGUGGCAGGACGUGGAUCAAGACUUGGAACCGCAGAAAAGGAAAUCCCAUAGUAGCACAAAGCUUGGCUGUUCAGUGAAUAACAUUUAAAUAAUCGUAAAAUACAAAUGUUGCUUAUGGUUUUUAUUGUUUAAGGGCAUACUUAAUUAUGGUUACAAAGUGGAGUGCAAAUGUUAUUUACCAUGUUUUAAAAAUACAGCCGGAAAUACAAGUGGGAAUGUUGAAGGAGGGUGGGAGAAGUAAAUGGAAUGGUGGUUAUGUCCUUAAAAAGUGGGAACUUGAAAGGUACUGUCUGUUGUUGAGUGGGGAAAGACAUUUUUAUUACUUACAGGGUAGCCAUGAAGUUUCUAAAACGGUAAUAUAUUAAAGAGGGAGAGUAGUAGGGGAGAACAGUAUGAAGUCAACAGGAAAUGCCUAAAGAUGGAGAGCUCAGGUAGAAUAUUUCAAAAAAUAAAAAUUGACAGAGUACCUGGUGUAUUUGAAUACAGCCUAGAGAGCUUUCAUUUUCCAAAGAGUGUGGGGAUAAAUUAGUGAUUGCAUAUUUUUCAAAAUUAAGAAAACAGAACAUGUAAUUUUGAACCCUGAGAAAAAUAAAGAUUUCAAAACUA